AUGCUUGAUCUUACCCAGAAUCUGGAACUCAAUGCAGCUACACUUGUAAAUGGAGAAAAGAGUGCAAAGUUCAUCACAGGAGGAAAGUUGCUAGAUUCAGAUUCUAGGUGUUUUGAGGCAUAUUGCUGUGAACCAUUGAAGAUGAGAAUGGAAGUACUUGUCUUGAAAGUAGGGAUGUAUCUAUAUUUAAUCCCAGAAAAUAUUAAUCACUAUCAUGAACAAAGCAAUUUGCAAAAUCAUAGAAAUUAUAAGAGUAAAAUUCAAGGGUCAGCUGAAGAUGUGGAUAAGAAAGUGGUCGAGUCCUUGAUUAGUCAAGCAGUUGUUCAUAUGGUUGUACCUGGUAAUCUCUCCCCAUCACAAUUCACAACACUUGAUGGAAAGCAUUCAGGUGUUGAAGAUGAGACAUUCUUGAGUCCCGGUUUUGACAGCUGA